CAAGGGAGGAGGAGCUUGGCUGUGCCCUGGGUCUCCAGUGCAUGAAGGACAGAGGAGGAGGAGGAGGAGGAAGAAGAGGAAGGCCAGCACGGGUGUUUGUCAUUGAGACACACUACACGGGAUCCCUGCCGUUCGUAUGAGCCUGCCAGCUCCCACCAACCCGAGAUGUCAGCCGGUGACAAGAACGGGGGCAGCCGCUCCAGCAGCAGCCGCCUGCAGAGCAAGAAGCCCCCCAACCUCUCCAUCGUCAUCCCCCCCCGCGACACAGAGGAGGAUGGUGCCCACAAGGAGCCCUCCAAGGUCCCCAUCUACCGAAAGAGCAAGAGCCUGCAGGAGCCCCGCUCGGAGCGCCGACCCGGCUUCCAGCGGCAGACUUCCCUGUCCCAGAGCAUCCGCAAGGGCACGGCGCAAUGGUUUGGCAUCAGCAGCGACUGGGAGGGCAAGCGGCAGCAGUGGCAGCGCAAGAGCUUGCAGCACUGCAGCAUGAGGUACGGCAAGCUGAAGCCUGCCUAUCGCGACAUGGAGCUGCCCAGCCAGGAGGUCCCAUCCUUCCAAGGCACCGAGUCACCCAAGCCCACCAAGAUGCCCAAGAUCGUGGACCCGCUGGCCAGGGGCCGACCCUUCCGCCAUCCCGACGAGACCGACCGUCCCCACACGCCCCACCAUGUCCUGCCCCCACUCACCCCUGGUGUCAUCUCCUUGGCAUCCUUCAACAGCAUCCGCUCGGGCUACGGCCGCCUGCCGCGCAGGAAGAGGGAGUCUGUCGCCCACAUGAGCUUCAAGGCAGCUGCAGCCCUUCUCCGCGGACGCUCUGUUCUGGAGCCACUGGCUCCCAAGCAGAGGAGCAACAAGAGGAGCUUCGUGUACCCCAGCUUCAUGGAUGAGGACGUCGUGGAUGCUGCUGAUACCCUGGACUCGUCCUUCUUCAGUAAGAUGGACAUGCAUGACGAGACAUAUUCCAUGCCUGAUGAUGUCUUCGAGUCGCCACCUCUAUCAGCCACAUAUUUACGCAUGCACCCAGUGGGGGAGGAUGCCAGGCUGUCUCCUGAGGUGGAGCAGCCCACCCCGCGGGAGGGCACCCGGCUCCCCUCGGCCCCCACGGGCCCGGCUGCGCGGCGGGGCAGGCGCAUCGCUUCCAAAGUGAAGCACUUUGCCUUCGACCGCAAGAAACGCUACUACGGGCUGGGGGUGGUGGGGAAGUGGCUGAACAGGACGUACCGUCGCAGCCUCAGCAGCAUCGUGCAGUCCCAGCUGGAGAUCACCGACAGCCACCGGCCGUAUUUCACCUACUGGAUCACCUUUGUCCACAUCCUCAUCACCUUGCUGGUCAUCGGCACCUAUGGCAUCGCCCCCAUCGGCUUCGCCCAGCACGUGACGACAGAGUUAGUGCUGAGGAACAAGGGUGUCUACGAGAGUGUCAAGUACAUCCAGCAGGAAAACUUCUGGAUUGGGCCCAGUUCGAUCGACCUGAUCCAUCUGGGAGCCAAGUUCUCCCCCUGCAUCCGGAAGGAUCGGCAGGUGGAGAGGCUGAUCCAGCGGGAGCGGGCCCGGGAGCGCGGCUCCGGCUGCUGCGUCCAGAACGACAACUCUGGCUGCAUCCAGACCCUGCCGCAGGACUGCUCGGAGACGCUGGCGACGUUCAUCAAGUGGCCGGGCAGCAACGCGCCUGCCGUGGGCUCGGGUGAGAAGCGGACAUCGGGGGCCGUGUGUCACCAGGACCCCAGGACCUGUGAGGAGCCGGCGUCCAACCCACCCCACGUGUGGCCAGAUGACAUCACCAAGUGGCCGAUCUGCACCUACGAGACCAAAACCAACCACACGGGCUUGGCCCACAUGGACUGCAAGGUCAAGGGCAGGCCCUGCUGCAUUGGCACCAAGGGCAGCUGCGAGAUCACCACCCGGGAAUACUGCGAGUUCAUGCACGGAUACUUCCACGAGGAGGCAACGCUCUGCUCGCAGGUGCACUGCCUGGACGAGGUCUGUGGCCUCCUGCCAUUCCUCAACCCGGAGGUCCCUGACCAGUUCUACCGCCUGUGGCUGUCCCUGUUCCUGCAUGCUGGCAUCAUCCACUGCCUGGUGUCGGUGACUUUCCAGAUGACAGUUCUGAGGGACCUGGAGAAGCUGGCGGGCUGGCAUCGCAUCUCCAUCAUUUUCAUCCUCAGUGGCAUCACGGGCAAUCUGGCCAGUGCCAUCUUUCUGCCGUACCGGGCAGAGGUGGGUCCCGCUGGGUCCCAGUUCGGCUUGCUGGCCUGCCUCUUCGUGGAGCUCUUCCAGAGCUGGCAAGUACUGGAAAAACCCUGGAAAGCCUUCCUCAACCUCUUCGGCAUCGUCCUCUUCCUCUUCAUCUGUGGCCUCUUGCCGUGGAUCGAUAACAUCGCUCACCUCUUCGGCUUCCUCAGCGGCCUCCUCCUCUCCUUCGCCUUCCUGCCCUACAUCACCUUUGGCACGGUGGACAAGUACCGCAAGCGAGCCAUGAUCAUCGUCUCCUUGCUGGUCUUCGUGGGGCUCUUUGCCUCACUGGUGGUCUGGCUCUAUGUCUACCCCAUCAACUGGCGCUGGGUGGAGUAUCUCACCUGCCUGCCCUUCACCAGCAAGUUCUGCGAGAAGUACGAGCUGGAGCAGGUCCUGCACUGACCCCACCGGUGGGGAAGGGCUGGGAGAGGCAACGGUGGUGAUACCUCCCAUGGGAUGGGUCUGCACCAGCCUGCAGGAGGUGGCUGCUCUGGGAUGGGGCAGACCCUAGGCAUGGUUUCAUCUCUGGGGAUGGUGGGUUUGGGCUCAUCCCCAUUAAAUGCUGGGGGCGUGGUGGGGAGCGGGUCUGGGGACACCCUGCCCUGCACCCCUGUGGGGCUGCCUCUUGGCACUUUAAAAGCCACAACUGGUUUGGGGACCAACCCAGGAACCCAGCUGGUGUUUUGUGUGGGGAAGGGACUGAGGGAAGGGGGAUUUUGCUGAGUCCAUGGCCAGGUUGGGCUCCUGGCCCUGGGGCUGAAGCUGCUGAGGUCUCCUGCCUGUGCCCCUCCCUGCCUGGGGCCCCGGCCCCCCUCAGUGCCCCCGGGUGCUGCAGCUCCUACUGUGAACACAACCCCCUUUUUUGCAGGGGCAGGUUUUUUUUAUCCAAAACUCUUUGGCCUGAGGGCUUCCCCAGCUUUGGGCUUCCAGGGGCCUCUGCGUGGCUCCCAGGUGUUCAGAGCUGAGCUUCAAAGGUAUUUUUCACUCCUGCUCUCGCAUCUGAUGUUCUCCUGGGGUCACAGAGGGAGGCUGCUUCUUCCCCAUCGGGCUCCUCGCUGGACGGAGAGGCAGGACUUGACAUGGGUGGGGGGGCUUGUUUUCCCCUUACUUCUGUGAAAUUCCCUUUUUGGAAGUGGGUGAGUGGCAUCUACCAUCUUGGUAGUGCUGUGCUGGGAGGUGGGUAUGGAGAAAAAUGCCCUGGGGGGGCUUGUGUAGCUGCUGCUGAAGCCCACAGACUCUUCAGGAAACCACCGGUGCUCCCACCGUUCACUUCUUGCCUUGAGUUCCUGCUGUUACCCCUUUCCCUUUUUCCAAGGGUUGAGACCCAGGUACCCCUCCCCAUGUUGAGUGGUGCUGGACAGACAAAGCAGCACAGGAUGGGGGCUAUUGCCUUCUUCCCCACCAGCCCCAGCCCUGGGCUGCUGCUUCCCAGCAUCUCCUCCACCCUCCCACCGGCAUCUGCGUGAAGGCAGGUCCUUCCUGGGGUCCAGGUGACUCCACUGGGCUGGUUUGGACCUGGGCUGGUGCCAGGCUCUGUCUCUUGGUGCGUGUUGCUCUGGUGCUGGUGGGUCUCAGUGCUGUAAAAUGGGGGUUGGUGUGAAUCCCCAGCUGGGAUGUCCUGGGAUGAGUAUUCAAGGGCUGGGAGCUCAGCCCCAGGAGCUCUGUGGCACCUCCAUCCCUCUCUGCAUCCCUCCCUCCACCAUGGGCCAGUUUUCAGCCCUGCUCUGUCCCUCCGAUUGCUGCUCCAACCAAAACCAGACUCUUCACCUCAUUUGUCUCUUUUUGAUACUUUUUUUAAAAGCUGUGGGUUUUUUUUCCCCCUCAAUAAAUUUCUACCUGUAUU